GCAUAGAUUUCUGAGGGGAGGGGAGUUGCUUGACAAUAGGCCCAUCUUUACAAAUGGAGGAGGAGGAGGAGGAGGAGGUUGAGGGCUUGGUGCUACUGUACCUGCCGGGCAUUUGGGGGGUGAGGGACUAUAGAGCUGUGGGGGUUUUACUCCCCUAUUCUGUGCUUGAUGGUCGCUGUUUGCUGUCAUUUUCUAUCAUUGUUCAACCGCCCAGAUAAAAUGUUUUGUCAGCUUAGGCUGGAUUAUUGAAGAUGGAAAUAUUGAAAGACUUUCUAAAGAGGCCACGUAUACAUGCAAGAGGAUAGACUAAAGCAUGGAGGAAGGUAAAAAGAAUGAUGCUCUUGACAGAACUGCUCAGCUUGUCAAAAGAGCUGUCACUUGGGAGAUCUCAGAUUCUGAAGGAGACAAUGACAUUGAAUUGCGGGACUUGGCGACUGGUGGAAGCCCCUUGGCAGCUGGUGAUUGGGACCAUGUGCCCAAAGAGAAGUUGGAAAUGUGCGUAAGUGCAAAUGAACCCAAGGAGCUGCCUUUCUUCUCAUCCCUGCCACAAGCAGGAUCUUGCUCUCCAGAGAAAAGGAAGAAAAAGAGGUCUACAAAAGGACUGGAAACAGCACAGACCAAAGCGAAAGCACAAAAGCUUGAAAGGGAACUCAAGAAAGAAGAGAGAAGGAGAAGAAAAGAGCAGUGUGCUCUAGAGAAAGAGAGACGAAAGGAAAAUGCUGCUGCCUUCAAAUCUCUUCGGCCAGAUCAGUGUACGAAGCUCAUGACUGUGUGUGUGGAUCCAGGUCUUCUAGAGGAUCCUGGUUCAGAUGCUUUGCUGGGAGCUUUAGAGUCUUUGGAGUAUAAAUAUCACAUUGAACCUCAGACAAUUCCACGCAGCAUAACCUGGAAGAGAGAUCUCUCCAGUAGUAUGCCUUGUAUGGAUGGCCCACAGGAACAGGCUGAAGAAGAAAGGGAGAUCUUGGUCUUAUUGGAGCCUUGGGAUUUUCUCAGACACCUCUUCUCUUUAAUGCAGAGCAUCCACUCUGGCAGACAGCAGAAUAUGCCGGAUCUCACCCAACUGUUGCCUUUUAACAACCUGGAAGGUCAUCAUUCCAUCUCCUACAGUGUGGUUGUCGUUGGACUAGAUGCCUACCGAUGGUAUAACCAGCAUCACGGACACCAGGAGGAGGAAAAGGCACAGGCCUCAGGAUUCCAGCUUGGUCCAGAAUUGCCGAUGACAGACCAUCAAAUAGAGGAGGCUCUGGUGGUGCUGCAACUCUGGAGUAACGCGUGCGUCUCAUCCCUGGAGACAUGGCAGGAUUUUGCCCAGCACGUUUCUGCAAUGACCAAAGCAAUUGCACAGCGUCCUUAUAAGAAGCAGCAGGAAAACUGGCCUUUCUCCUUCUGCACCGAUGGCAGAUGGGCCAGUGGUGUACGAGUGCACAAGGAUGGGACGGGACUCCGACAGGCCUGGUCAAGGCAACUCCAGCAGUUCAACCGAGUCAGCCCUGCCAUGGCGGCGGCCAUUGCCGAAACGUAUCCUUCACCGAGCCUGCUGUUCCAGGCCUACAGAGAGUGCCGCACAGAAAAGGAAAAACAGCUCCUCCUAAGCGACAUUCCGGUCAGGACUGAAGAAAAUGAGAGACAGCGGCGUAUUGGCCCAGACUUGUCCCGUCGGAUCUACCUCUUUAUGGUAUCUACCAAUCCAGAGCUUGUUUUGGACCUGAGUGCCUAGGUGAGAAACAGUGAUAGGCCAGGAGCUCCUUUUUCUCAGCCACCAAAUCUGUUUCUGUAGCACUGAUUAUCGCAGACUGGGCCUCUACAAAUCAGUAAACAUAUUGUGUGCAAAUACUAUUAACCCUCUUGAAUUCUGUUCUCCCCUCCUCCUGUGAAAUUCUCCUUCAGUGAGGGAGGGUGCCCUGCAGUAGCUUUAUCAUGACACCUGCAAACAAAUCUAUGGUGUGACCCUGCUUAGAACGCUGUGCAAUUCUGGUUGCCACAUCUCCAAAAAGGAUACUGUAGACCUGGAAAAGGUGCAGCUAUCUGAAAUAUCGUCCCACCCCUUUAUAUAACUAGUUGAUCACUGUGUUCUACAGGUGAGGGCUACCUGCAGAUAUCAUCCUAGCAGGAGAGUCAUUCCACACAAUAUAGGGAUUGGGGCUUUAAUGUCAUGAUGCCUACCCUUUGAAAUUCCCUUCCCUUCUAUAUUAGACAGGGACCAUCUUUGUCUUUUUUGGUGCAAACUGAACACCUUCCUCUGUCAUCAAGCAUUUUAAAUAGAGACUUUUCUCCCAGUCUGCAUCUUUAUUGGAAUGGCUUUUGAGAUGUUUUUAUUGCUUGUUUACCACCCUGGGCAGGAUAUAAAAUUAAUGAUAAUAGGGCAACCAAAAUUAUUGGGACUGAAGUACAUUUGACCUCCCAACACCAGAUUGGUACAGUCAUUUUGCUUACAAGGGAUGGUGAUAAUGUUCAAGGUUUUUUGGUUUAGAAAAAUGGUAAAGGGAGGGAAUGAUGCAUAAUAGAUAUCUAUAAAUUAUGCACGGGGUGGCAAAAGUGGAGAUAGGUAUAUCUCUCAUAAUACUAGAACUUAGGAUCAUUUAACAAAGGUGGGUGAUUCAGGACAGACAAAAGGAUGUAGUUUGCACAGUGCACAGUACUGUGGAAUUUACCUCCACAACGCAGGGUGAUGGCCAUCAAUUCAGAUGGUCUUAAAAGAGGAUUAGGCAUAGUUAUUCAGGAUACAACUUGGCUAAUAGCAGGGAUGGGUAACCUGUGGCCCUCCUGAUGUUAACAGAACCAUAGGAAGGUAAGUGACACCACCAGGGCAGAUUGGCUGAGUUAUUGAGAACUCUACAAACGUGUUGACAGGCCUGUUUUCCAACCUAUUUUAAAAAGUAUUUUCGCAAGUGGCCAUCUCCACAGUGAAUUCCCUCAACUAAUGAGAAGCUGUAGGAAUUAGUCCUUGUUAAUCAAGAGUUUCCAAACACCAUUGCAAACCAUGGUUUAAGACUGGGAUGGGGAACCUCUGGUUCUCUGGAUGUUGCAGAAUUACAACUCCCCUAUCAUUCAUCAUCGUUGCUGGAGCCGAUGGGAGUUGCAGUUCACCAACGGCUGGACGGCCACAGGUUCCCCAGCCCUACUUGUCUGCUUUCCUCCCCUCCAAGCCUUUGCCUUGGUAAAUGAAGGUCUACCCCUUAACAGUUUGUCAAUUUAGGCUGCAAUCCAACACACACCUGAGACCAUUGAACCCAGUUGAGCUUAUUUCUGAGUAGACAUGUAUUGGAUUGCCGCCUUCGAUGACAUGAAAACCUACUCUGAAGCAUGGCUUCUGAUUAGGUGGUUGACCUGUAGCUUGUUAACUGCAUACAGGCAUACCCAAAGCUUGGAAAAGUUACUUUUUUGAACUACAACUCCCAUCAGCCCUAGGCAACAUGGCCACUGGAUUAGGCUGAUGGGAGCUGUAGUUCAAAAAAGUAACUUUUCCAAGCUCUGGGCAUACCCCACUUUAACAUACGCAAUGGGACCAGAGCGUAUGUAAAGUGAAAAUGUACUUAAAGUGAAGCAAUUACCUAUGCAUGUACUGCACUGCAAUCGCCACUAGAUGGCAGCGCCGUCAUGCCGUUAAGUGUCUGUUAUUGCGAAGCACGCAUACGUUAAGCAGGGGAUGGUGGCGUAUGGAGCAUGUAUGUUAUAGCGAGGCGAUGUUAAGUGAAGCGACUUUAAGCGGGGUAUCCCUGUAUAGAGGCCAGAGACUGAGAGCUGUCAGUCAUAGUCUACCACUGCAUCUGAAAGUUCCUUUAUUAAGAACUCUGUAGGAAACCCACUGAAAUUGAUCUGUUUAAGAAACAACUAAAGCUGCAAUCCAGUACACGCCUACUCACAAGUAAGGUUCACUGGGACUUACUCCCAGGUAAGUGUGUACUGGAUUACAGCCUAAAGACUGAAAAGGUUGCUACAUUUUCUGUUAAUACAAAUUAGGGAGCAGAUGGUAAAGAACUCCAUGCAAAUCUGUAUUAUACAAUUCCUUUUUAUUAAGUUAUUGGUCUGUGAUUGUAAUCAACUCACAGUAACAUUUCUUUAUGAUCUGGCUUUACAGCUAAAGUGAGCCAGUGUUACUGCAGUAGUUCUACCUGUGUCUUUUUCCCAUUUUUUUAAAAAAUAUUCUACCAUAAGCAGACCAUUGCUUUAAAAUUAGUGCCAGUGGGUUCCUUCAUGGAAAAACUAAUGGGGUCACAUAGCUUGCUCCUAUUAUGGCAAACUCAAAAAACCCUGCAUAACUUAGGACCAUGGUAACUGAAGAAUACCAGUCUCCACUGACCAUACACUUAAGAUCUUUGUAAGAAACCCUUAGCUGGAUUCUUCUACCACUGGAGGUAUGGUGACGGUUAUUAGGGAAAGGGCCUUCUCAGGGAUAGGAAGAACAUUCCACAAUUUUAGUGCCCAGGAAGCUCACAUGGAACUUCUGUUGGUAUUGUUUCAGCACGUGGUAAAGACCUUUUAUUUCCCCUAACCCUUUUAAACUAGUUAAAUUUUAAAAAAACCUGAAGCACAUCCUCCUGUAUCAACGUGCCCAAAUGUUAGCAGUACCGCCACAUUGUGGGACUAGACAGGCAGUGGCACAAGAUGGCCUUCUGUUAUAGCCCCUAGAUUGUGGAAUACUUCCUGAGUGCAUCUUAUAUCAUCGCUGCACUGUCUGUCAGGAUUUACCUCUGUCCAGACUUUGGGAUGAGAUGUUUUCCCUCCUGCAGUAUUGCUGCACUGUUUUGCUACUCUUGUAAUUUGGUUUUAAUUAUUCAUAUGUUUAAAAUUCCCUGGAAUUAUUUGGGCAGGCUAUGAGAAAUACAUUAAAAAAUGAACCAAGAAUGGACAGGAGAUGGGUAUCUGUGUGCUAUGCUGUAUAGCAGCAAGCGUCUAAUUCUUAAGUCUUUACCAACAGCGGCAAAAAGGCUCUUACUUUCUAAAUUAGGUUGCUGCCACAAAUAAAGCUCAGAGGAAAACCAGUAGUAGACCAAGGGAGCAUAAACUCAUUUCUGGCCCUAAAACCAAACUCUGCUCAGAGGCACUCUAUUAGUUAACUCUUAAGUGUAUGUGCACACACCUUAGCCACUAUUUUGCACCUGGCUAGAAUGUAGACAGCAAGGUUCUGGUCACCAAAAUAGAUACCCAGAGAUUUAGAAACCUAUGUAGAUUUGUGCAAACCUGAAGUCUACCCGCUCAUCCCUUACGUAAACCAUUUUUUCAAUCUCAAUGAGACUCUUAAGCUGCUCUUUUAGCAUUUUCAACCUGCUUUCUGUAUUAUUGUAAGCCACCUUGUGAAUUUGAAGGGUGGGACAGAUUCCUAGAACAAGAUUGUGGUGCACCCCAUUCAGAUGCAUUGGCAUACUAUGACUUGUGAAAAAGGAGAUGGAAAUAAGAGCAGAGGCGGGUGAAGAAAGUUCAAGGGUCAUUCAUGUAAUGGCUUGGUAUGUCUGAACCAAGUCACUGGGGAACUUAAAGAAGCACAUUUCAACUUCUGUAAUGGAAACUAAAGCUCCUUUAGAUGGUCACAAUAAGACCCAUGUGUUUACCUCCUCAUAAAUCAACACAAUUUGUAUUUUAAUUAUAUGAUUUCAUAUAGUUCAGUACAGGAGAAGCAGCAGGUAGACAUGCAAAGCAGUUGAAGUUGCAGGACUCGCAGUUCUUACAGUGACAGUCUAGCAAGUUAACUUUUCCCCAGAGCUGUCUGUGCCAAAGCACUGAAACACUCACAGAUGUUAAGAGCCCUUUUUAUCUCUCUAAAGAUUGCUGUCUCCCAGGUCCCAAAGUAUCAGGAGGCAUCACUUGCAAGUAGCCAACCAAUACUGCACAUUAGCUUCUCAUGUUUCAUCAUCAAUUGAGUGUCAUUCAUUUGGUUGAUGGAAGGAAGGACUCCUCGUCCUGUUUGGCUGCUGGAAGCUUGAGGUUCAGACAGCCUCUUCCAGAAAAGUGGGCAAACUAGGACAAUCAGGCUGCAGGAGUCACUUGCCUCCUGAAUGUAGGUCUUUCCAAAGCAGAAAACACUUGCCGAGUUCCAAGAUUUUGGUAGAGGGCAAGAAAAAUAUUUGAAUUCAAAAGAGAUGCCCUCAUUCAGAGGACAUAUUGAACCACCCUUCUAGAGACACUGAGGAAAAAUCCUCAUUCUUCAAGACAGUCUUUAAAAAAAGAAGAGUUAUGUCCUUCUGCAUCUCUUCCGUUGGCAUUCCUCUGCCUCUGAACUGCAAGAGCUUUCUGAAUCGCUUCCCGAGGGGGAAGAUGGCUGUUGUGAGCCACAAUUCAUGCUCAGCACCCAGCCUAGUUUGUUGUGCAGAAUUUGCUUAAGUCCUGGGGGAAGGGGCAGAACCUCCAGUGUGUCCACAUAGUCAGGAAGCAGCUGGCGGAGACGGUAACAGCAAAGGUACUGCAGGGAGGUGUGGGUGGUGCAGGAGCGGAUGAGUUUCAUGCUGCUUUUAGCGGCCGUUGAACACACCAUGGGGUAAAAUCUCUUGUUCUGCAGUUUGGUGGCAGCAACUCCUGAAUGGAAACAUCAGCAAAGGAGACCUGAGGUAAACACAUGGCCACAGACAUAGAAAACGACUAGACACAAUAACCUAAUCUUCUGCCAUUGGCCAUGGCCACGCAGAGUGGGGUCCCUCUAUCCCCUGACGUUUCUACAAUGAAAACUUCCAUUGUGGACUUGGAAGUGCCAAUAAGGACAACAGCAGUGUGUAGUUGUAGAAUUUCUCUGUGCACAAUGAGAACUGUCCAGACACCAGUUAUGUUCCUAUGAUGUUGUACCAUAAUCACAACUAUGCAGGUGUGAAGGACAAAGCAUAACAUGUGAGUAGCUGCCUUAGAUACACAUACUGCUGGUUUAAUGCUCAUUGUACUAUUUCCAAACAGCCUUCCAACAGUCGGGCAAAUGCUUGGGAGGCUCAGGUAGCACUAGCAACCAAGACCUCUGACAUCUUCCCAGUGUUUACACAAAAAGUUUGAAAUUGAGAGUGGAAGAGACAGUGUCUCCAAUUUUUUAAAAAAUCAAGAGCCUUUCCCUUAAAGUUUUAGCUCUAGAUUCCCCCAGUAUUCCCCCUCAUUUCAAAGCUGUGGAUUAGAAUUUUCAGCCAUGCCAAUGUUAGGCCAGCUUAAAGCUUACCAAUGCAUUUCCUGUUUUUGAAAAAGGUCAGAGUCCCAUGCCAGGUGUCCAGAUGCACUCCAAUAAUGGAGCCUCGGCCAAACCUUGUCGAGAAGUUGAUUUGGUCUCCCUUGUGAUGGAGGAGUCCUAGAGGGCAAUUGGCAGCCACAAUUACACAGCGCACACUGUAGUAUAGUCCUGUCUGCCUGUAUAUUCCUCCUUGUCCUUAGAACAUCAAGAUAGUAAUGUUCCUAGUUCUUUAACAGUUAUAUAUAAGCCAACCUGCCACUAUUUUGGAGAGAGCAGUCAAGCAUGUGUGUCUUGAUCCAUUAAUUCAAAUACAAGACCAGGAACUGGCAAAAACCUACCUCCUAAGGAGCCAGGUACAAUAAUACAAUUGGUCUCGCUCCAAGACCACCUGCUCCCAUCUGCCCUCUCCCCCGAUGUCCUGUAUGCCUGGAACUGCCUCCCAAAACACCGGCAUGAUGUAGCCUAUUAAUUCUCAAAUCCCUCCUCAAAAUUCAUCUGUUCCAUGAAGCCUUUGGCACCAUCCCUUAAACCCCAUCUCCUCCUGUAACCAAGGAAAGUGCAUGUCCCUGAGUUCACUCUCACUACCAUUUCCUGCCUCUGUUGACACAGUUAGAUUGCAAACUUCUCAGUAUGGUGACUUGCCCUGAUAUACCUGGUAAAUCUUAACACUAACAGGUAACCGCUAGCUGUGUACUUGAUUUUUCACUGGCCAAAUUUUUGCCAAAGUCAUUUUGUUUAUAACAGCUAGUGAUUUUACACAUACAGCAAGCCAAGAUACAUAGGUAGUAAACCAACACUUGCAAGUUUGAAGAUGCCAUUUUACCUACAUGUGCAAAUUCUCUGAUAACCUAUAAAGUAAGGAUGCACAGAACAAGAAUAUAAAUGUGGAACUUCCUGAAGCUGGACUGUACUCUAUACUUGACUUAAACAGUGUUUGAGCCACAAGGAAAAGCCCUUACCUAAACAAGUUUCCUAUGCACAUCCAGUAACAUUUAAAGGUACCUGCCACAUGCACUAGCCCAUUCCCAUAGCUGCACAUGCAUCUAGACUACUGAUUGCUGGCACAGCAGGGCUUUCCCAUGACCAAAUCCUUUAUACCUUAACCUCAAAUAAAUACCUCCCUCUCAAAAGGCUCUGCUUUGUAAAAAGAAGCUAGUAAUUCCACUUUUACAGUUACAAAUGCAUAAACUAUAUAUACGCAUACAUAUAUAUACACAUAUAUUUACCCCUUUACUCAGCCAUGACUUAUCCAACUCCUUUAGUUUUAUUUUCUUAUUUAUAAAAAUAUUUGUAUACUGCUAUUUUGUUAAAAUCAAAUCGGUUUACAUAUUUAAAACAACCAUAGAAUUUUUUUAAAAAACUAAAUACAAUUCAAAGUGCUAGUUUUGACUUAUAAAGCCUUACACGGCGCGGGACCACAAUACCUAGCGGAACGCCUCUCCCGAUAUGAACCUACCCGUUCACUACGUUCAACAUCUAAGGCCCUCCUCCGAGUUCCGACUCACAGAGAAGCUCGGAGGAUCGUAACAAGAUCUAGGGCCUUUUCAGUGGCUGCCCCCGAAUUAUGGAACAGUCUCCCUGAUGAGGUCCGCCUGGCGCCUACACUUUUAUCUUUUCGGUGCCAGGUGAAAACCUUUUUAUUCUCCCAGGCAUUUUAAUCUAUUUUUUUAAGCUUUUAAUGUAUAUUAGGUUGUUUAUUGUUUAAUAUUUAUGCUCUACUGUUUUUGUGAUUUUGUUGUAUUUUAUCCUAUGUUGCGCACCGCCCUGAGAGCCUUCGGGCUGUGGGCGGUAUAUAAAUUGAAUUAAAUAAAUAAAUAAAUAAA